GUGAGGAUGAAUGAAUAUGGUGGUCCUGCAUGGUUCUUAAAGCUAUAACAGUGUGUGUAUAUAUGGCCACACUUUUGCUCAUUUCUCUGUGAUCUUCCUCUUCAGCCACUUUGGAUCUGGAAGAAGAGUCCAAAUUGAUUCUGGUGCUCAUUGUCUGGCCUGAAUGAAUAGGUUAUGCCAUCCCACCUGCACUUGUGCAGUGAACACAUUCUGGACUAGGAACCCUAAAAGAACAGACACUGUAGAUAUCAGGGAGAGAGUGAGCGAUGGGUUAUAGCCUCUCCAUUUUGCAUCACAUGGAAGGCAGCCUGGUGAGUAGGACACAUCAGGGCAAGUCAUCACCUCUACCUCUAUUAUUACCAGGAGCUUGUCCUCAUCCACAUCUAGAAGCUCAAUCACAAGCUGUCUUAGACAAAGAGUGUUUAGUCAACAUACUUAAUGGGCAUUCUUAAAAGAUUUAGAGGAUUUAUCAUGCUAUUUUAUGUAUGUAUGUUCUUAAAAGAUUUAGAAGAUUUAGAGGAUUAAUCAUUCACGAACUCUGUAAAUGAAAGGUCAGAGAAGAUGACAAUUUAUGUCCAUUGACAUGCCGCUAAUUGUUUUCCCUGUCGAAGGUUAGGACUUUGUGUGUGUCCAAAAGAAGGGCGCCUUUAUAUGUGAAUGAUGUGUCCGUGAUACCCCUAUAAUUGCAAGUAUGAACCAAAUCUAACAGUGGGUGUCGAGAUAGAGGGAGAUCGAGUGUGUGGGGAAGAUGGAGGGCGAGUGCUGCUCCAGCAGCAAGGAGAGGAGGAAAGCUGUAACUCCUCCAACGACGGUGGAGGCGGAGAGGAGCGGCGGCGGCGGCAGGCAGCGGCAGUACAGAGGGGUGAGGAUGAGGAAGUGGGGGAAGUGGGUAGCGGAGAUACGGGAGCCGAACAAGAGGUCGCGGAUCUGGCUGGGCUCCUACUCCACCGCGGUGGCCGCCGCCAGGGCCUACGACACCGCCGUCUACCUCCUCAGAGGCCGCUCCGCCCGGCUGAACUUCCCCGACGAGGUACUUACCGACGCCACCGAAGGCGGUGUUGGCGGCGGCAGCCCCCAGCUCGACCUGUCGGCUUCCUCCAUCCGGAAGAAAGCCAUCGAGGUGGGCGCGCGGGUCGACGCGGCCAUGCGGUCGAUGCCAGCAUCACCACCCCCGCCACUGCCGCCGCCGCCGCCGCCGCCGCCGCAGUCGCAGUCAACGCCGCGCCAGCCGUCGCGGCCUGCCAAGAACCCCGAUCUCAACCAGGCGCCGAGCCCCGAGAGCUCGGACGUGGAUUAGACGACUGUUGCUGCUUGCUUCAUCUUCUUCCAUGAUGUCUUCUCUCUUCUCUUUCUAGCUUUUACUCGGUCACAGUGACUUGUAGUAUAUUAUUUCGGCUCUUGUUCUUGCUUUAUGAUCUGCUUGGGGUCAAGGCUAAGAAGAGAAGAAGGUAAAGGUGAUCGACCAAGCUCUCCAGAGAAGCGGCAGAGCAGGACACUGAUGACAGUGCUCAGAGAAGUAUUCGAAAUGGAAACACAACGAGACGCGUGAUGUGACCGAUAAGAUUGAGCUCAAAAGGAGUGAGAUGAGAUGCUAUUUUGGCUCUUUUAAAUGGUAAUAUUGAGACUGCCCUCAAGUGUUUGGGUAGCAGCAGUAAUAGCACGAGUUGCAGGAUGAAGGUUUUGUGUGUUGUUUGGAGGAUAAAGCCAUGAAAGUGUAGCAGUAGCAAUGAGGCAGAGAAGGUUAUCUUUUGUAAUAGAAACCCAAGUACUUUGUGGCUGCUAUCCUCUCUCUGUCUUCCUCUCAAUCCCAGCAGCAUUCUCGUGUGUGUUUGGUUUGCUUGCAAGUCUCAACUUGGAGAUGCAGUGAACAUGAAAGUGAAUACAUGACAAUGCUAGAUGUGGAUAGCUUGUACAGUGUACUUUGCUUGAUCCCUGCUAACAAUGUAUUGUCUGGAUUAGUGUUUCCUCCCCUAAAAUUCUGAUCUUUGUAAGCAUUUGUGAAUGGGGUUGGGUUUCAAUGAUGAAACAUGGUUGGUCGGACCCUUUUGGAUAUGUGAAGAAACUAUGCUGUCUAUCUAUUUGUACCAACCAAUGCAAGACUAAUCUGUAGCUCAUCUCUUGUAUUA